CCACGGAAGGGCACAGGCUAGAUAAAUCUACAUCGGCUGCUGCUAAACCGUAAACAACUUCCUUAUAGACACGAGACUUUGCCUCUUUCCCAACUACGUGGCUACGUGGCUACGAUAAGACGAUUACCAAACCGGCUGUGAUGGAAUGUAAUUCAAUCGAAAAUGCACUCAAAAUCCAUUCCAUCCAUGAGUGUUUCCCUCGACGCACCAACGCAUGACAGCGAGGAGAUGGGAUGUUUCAAAGGAAAUGUGAGCAGGUUCAAGAAGCGUUAGCACCUGACUAUCUCCUUCUCUCCCGGGGCUUACCCGAUGAAGUCAACCUGAUGCCCCCAGGGUGACGACACGCCGCAGGUAGAAGAGGGAGGAGCAACAAGAUCAACAAGUCCCUACAUGGGGCGCCUGGUAUUACCUAAGGUUCCGAGCCGCUCGUCAAAAGAAGUCUUCCUAGUCGAGUGCGGGACAGUUCACCUCGACCAGGAGCAUAGGCUGUCUUGAUCCACCUGUCCACCAACCGAUUGGAUCGGUCAAUUAAACUUGGAUGGGUUCCGAAAUAAAGCACAUCCCCGUCACCAUGGCAACGUCGGGAGAGCAAAAAGAGUACAACGGCCAGCUGAUCUCGGUCAACCGCAGAGACACCCGCCGCCUGCUGGAGGUUUACGUGAAGCGCAGCCUGAGCCUGAACGACGGCGCUGGGAACGGCCCCCCCGAGCCCCCUCCCGCUGCCGACAAAUGGGUCCCGAAGCCCCAGAGACCGCGGAGGGUGCGGCGCCACUCGAGCGACCCCUCGCUUCACCUGUCGCCCAGCCCAGACGCCCACAGACAAGACGUCGGCUUGGUUCCUCCUUCCCCUUCGAACCCCAGCACUCCUGAGCCGCUUGAGAAGGAGGAGGUGAAACCGAUGGCGUCGGUCUCCAAGAAGACAAAGAAGCCCAGCAUGUGGAAGAGCUUCCUGGGCCUGUUCUCCAAGAAGUGGACCGAGGACGAGCCGGACGGGCCCCCCCCCCAGCAGGCGAGGGGUUCGAUGGAGAUCUUCCAGUCCCGGAAUGGGGAGCAGGCGGAGGUCACGGCCACCUGCCUCCCGCUGUCCACCGGCGGCAGCAUGAGGAAGAAGUCCAGGAGAAAGAGAAGCACCAGGCUAUCCAGCUUCAAGAGGUCCAAGUCCUUCAAGAAGAGUAAUCAUAUAGACAUCACCGUGUCCGUCGGGGAAGCCAUCGUAAACGUGGAACCCACCUACGCCUACUUCGAGAAGGUGUCUGAGGAAAUGGAUCUGAUUGUCCGCCAAGUCACUCAAGUUAACGAGAAAGUCAUGACGAAUGAGGAGGUGAUCAACAGGAUCAUUGCCCUGACCAAAGAGGAGGGAGACGCCAUCGAUGAAAAGCUGAAGGAGAACCCCACUCUUAGCAACUUCUUCAAGGGCAUGUCGUACCCGGCCUUCAAGAAGCUGGCCGACAACUACCUGGAGGAGGAGACCACCCCUGUCCAGAGCCAGGCCCCCUCACUGCCCCGCCCGGUGGCGGCUCCAGAGCUGGUGAAGCUGGCCUUCACCCUGGACUUCACGGCCAGGCUGGCAGGGCUUUCGCGGCAGAACGUGGGCUACAUCACCGGCCUGGGCAACCGUUACCUUGCGGACCGCUUCGAAUACACGCAGGCAUGUACAGAUCACCCCUGGUCAGACACUGAUGAUUGACCCACCCAAGGAAGGAAGAUCGUCACAAGAAACGCCAACACUAACGUUAGACGGGGGAAGUAACCAAGCAACACUUUCUCUUUCACUUGCAUGUAUGUUUUUUACAAGGGUAGAGGGUGGUUCCCCAGCCCAAUCAUGAUCCGAAUCAGACACAGAGUACACAAACCUGUGAAACAAUGUGCCAGCCCUUAUCUGCUACCAAAGGCCAAGGCAAACAAUGACAAUGGCAAGGCAACCCUCGCAAACAUGUCGCAUUGUGUGGAAGAACCAGUCGAAUGGCAUUGGUUCAGACACAUGUGGCUUCUUAUGAAGAAACACUUACAAAAGGAGAAGUAGUGACCGUAAGAUGGGUACACAGCAACGGGUGUAGUAUUUCAUUAGAUUAGGCAGAUUGUCACACAGUAUCAAGAGUGUCGAUGUAGAUGCAAAUCCAACAUUUCUAUGAAGUUGGUUGUUCAGUUCUCAUCUGUUUGUAAGGCUUUAUAAGUUUGGUGACUGUGAAUGUGUAUUGAAUAAUUGAUUUAUGUAUUGGAGUGCAGAAAGAAUCGUCAUGCAUUAUUCUCAACAUGUUAAAUAUAAUGUGAUUUGUAUGACACUUUUGUUCAUUGUGAAUGCUGGCAUUCAUCAGACAACAAUACGUUUCUUAAAAAGGUAGACAACUAUUUAUGAAUAUACAUAGCCUAUAUGUUUUACAUAAUUUCAUAAAAAUGACAUCACCAUUAGGCUUUGUGUUUAUUUGGAAACCAAAUAAACAGGUUUUAUGGUAUAGUGUUUGACUGGUCAAAAGGACAAAUAAUGCCCAACAGCCGGUUUUCAUAUUUAUGCUGAUGAGGACUAUUUCAUACUAUUUCAUGUCUUGGAAAUAACUUCUCUAGUCUAGACUUAUAACUCAAUAAGCUUUAUAAGAUAGAUGUAGCAAGUGCAAGUACUGUAUAUGAUGGAACAAUGACACGGAUCCAAAUAAACAAUGUAUUAUACAA